AUGGACUACAUACAACGAGCACGGAACAAUCCUGAGGAACUGGCCAACAAUGGCCUCAUGGUACAGUUGAUAGAUCAGAUAGCCGGGCUGGCGGGAGGCCUGGCAGCCACCAACCAGGAAAUCCGCACGAUCAAACAUGAGCAAGCGGAGCUAAAAACGCAAGUAAAGAGCCUGAUGAAGAGUGGCCGGGGAGUCUACUACGACGCCUUCGGCCUAGUCCAUCAAAACGGGCUCUUCUAUUUGGAUAGCAUGCGGAUCUUCACGACUGGGAACGUGGAUGAGAGCAGGAUCAAGAACGUCCUAAGGGAAGCGGACGUUAAUAUUAAGCGGAUCAGGCUCCUGGGGAGCGAUCCGAAUAAAGACCGCAAGACCUGGUGCGCGUACUUCGAUAUAACGGAACGGCCAUCAUUCUUCAGGGCUGCUGAGGUCCUACGGCACCAGAAGGUGGGCAUCGACGACAACUUGACCCAAGCGGGGAGGAUCGAGAGAAAGCGCAUGGCCCCGCUGCGGCAGGACAUCAUGCGACAAGGCGCGAUCCCAGUCUGGAGGAACGGGGCCGAGCUAUACAUAAAGGAGCGACCAGGCGGAAAAGCGCAGCCGUAUGGGACCCGGAAUGAUACCGACAGCGACCUGGGCAGCGCGGAGUACGGCGCCGACGGAGGCGACAGCGAUGGAGAAGGAACUGCAGCUGCCGAGCAGGGAGCGGACGGCAGUGAAUAUGUCGGUGGCAACGCAGGAGGCGGAGAAGGAGGGGCCAGCGGCAGCAGGGGCCCCGGAGGUGGCACCUCGGGAGUGGCAGCAGCAGCUACGACCGCAGCAGCCGGGAAGGGGUGUGUGCGGGGCCCCAAGAUGGCGGCCGUAGGGUCUGCAGCUCCGGCCGUCGCAGGGGCAACAAACCCAACGGCAGCUAUUGCACCAACGACCACCUCGUGGGCGCGUGGUGUGCGGGCACCGCUAUCCCCAUCCGUGGCCUGCAGGGCAGGGCCGGCAGCGAUAGCGCCCUCAGUAGGGGCCAACCCGACCGCCAGAGCCCCUCCUCCUCCACCACCUCCCGAACCAAUCCCGUCCGGGCAUGAGCUGGCGCUUAUUGCGAACAAUAAAAGCAAAAUACCACCCGAGGCCUCACUUAGCGCUGUAAAGGCGAAACCCUCGAAGCAGCUGCGGACCGAGGGCACCAUUGGACUGAUGUACACGGCGUCACCAGGCACUCUGGAGCGAGCGAGCUACAGACCACCAGCCGGACGCGACCCACGAGUACCAGGGCCGGACAGCCGGGGCGUCGACGCUGAAGGGUUCCGACUCGUGGCGGGUAGCACGCGAAACGGGCAGCCCUACCAGGAGCAAUGCGUGAUGCUACCUUUUUGUCACUUUGCUUUUUGCCAAACCCCCGGGCCACCAGCCAUGCAAUACAUCUUAUAUCUUCAAUCUUCUUCGGCCCACGCUAUGUGGGUCUCCGGUGAUGUCCUGACAGACCUUUGGACUUGGGUACGCGAUAUAGAUAUACCCGCCCAGGUCACACACGUUUUAACAGCCUCACUCAGCUUUUGGGGUACGACCCCUCCCUCCUAA